AUGGCCAUCUCUUGCUUCACGCUUCCAAACAGGAAUCCGCUGAGGCGGCUUCAGACAAAGUUCCAUCGUCGCUCCACGCUCGAAGAAAUCCCCGAAGGCAGACGCCUGUCUUUCGAACAAUUCUUGGAUAACCACUACGCUGCUACACAACAACGACAUGACUCUCCUCAAGAACAAGAUUCGUUCUCUCGCCUGGACCCGCCAAAUGCACCAAGCCCAGCCCGCAGAACUUUCUACUCCGAUACGCCCAGUCCAGACCGCAGACCUCUCUAUCGAUACUCCUCCACCGAAACCGUCAGUGUGAUAGACACCAACUCCGAUCCUCGCUCUCCUGUUCCCACUCACCAGCACGGCCAUCCACGCUCGCCGAUACCGACCAUCUCCAGCUUCAUUGACGCCACCUCCGAAGAAACCAUCACCAUACUCUACGCUACCAACCAUCAACGAGACUCCAAAGACACCUCCGUGAUCCCAUCAUUGCCGCUCCAGAAUGGGUUGAAGACAUACCUCAGUUCCCACCACCCAGCUAUAGUCGACAACCCUCCUCCAUUCGCCCGAUACUCCGAGCCACCCAUCUCGCACCAGCUUGCCAUCACCAGCCCAGCCGCUCCCCAUCCCCGCCAACGCCUCAAUCGCCAACAAUCCCUCCACCACCUCCUCCACCAACGCACUCAACUCCACGCCUCUCGCGAACGCCUGGCAGAUUGCCUGGAAGCCACGACUCAAGACCUCUCCCUCGCCACCGAGCAACUACAUCUCGCGCAGGAAGAGCUACUCAUUCGCGAACAUCAGACCGCAAAGCUACGAUCUCAGCUGACGAACCUGGAGAAAUCCUAUGACGGUGCUAUCCGCACGUUGAACGGUAUGAGUGCGGAGUUGAGGGAAGUCAAAGGCGAGCAUGAGAGCUGCAGUCGUUGGUUCGGCUGUGGGCGAAAGACGCCGUGGUUGAAGAAGUAUCGCGUGGAGUUAAGGGCGAAGCUUGAGGGGUCGGAGGUCGCGUUGAAGAUUGCCAGAUCGGAGAUGUGGGCGAUGCAUGAGCGUUUUCAGACGCAGGAGCUUCAGGUCGCAGGGUUGAAGGAGUUGGUGGGUGUGCAGAGCAGGGAGAUGGAGAUCAAGCAUGAGGCGUUGUUGGUCGGGGAGACGGAGAUGGGAGGUCUUUCGGGACGAUUGCGAAUGGUCGAGGAGGCGUUGAGGAGCGAGAAGCAAGUUGGAGAUGGGAUGAGGCAGCAUUGUCGCGAUUUGCAGUUGGAAAUUGCGUGCUUGAAGCAUCGGGAUAGUGCGAGGACGGUCUGA